AUGAGGUUAGCAAGUGGAUUGGAACAAUCAACUGCUCAGGAGUUAAGGUUAUUUUCAGAUUGGAUAUUUCAUAUCGGUGAAGGUCUAUGUGAAACUCUGGUCAAUGACAAACUUCUUGUUGAUAUUCCUUUUGAUCUAAUCAUUCCUGUUUUGGAAAACCCAGUGGAAGAUAUUGAUAGGGCAAUAUUGGCUCCGAUUGUCGAGAAUGUUGAAGAGAUAAACAAUUAUAGAGUUGACUUGUUGCCAGGUGAGGAGAAAAAUUAUCUCAAUGCUGAUUCGAUAUGUGGUAGUGAUGCCUAUUCUGAUGUUGAAGUUGAUUGGAUAAAUGUUGAAUUCUUGAACCAGAUUAAGUGUUCUGGUCUACCUAAUUAUUCUUGA